AUGAAUGCUCGGGAGAAGCGGAGUGUUGACGACAGUAACGGGGAUGACAGUAACGGGGAUGACAGCUACGACGAUUAUAGCGGGGAUGGAGGUGACUAUAACAGCGAUUCCUCUGGAGACGGAGGGGACGAGUACAGUGAUGGAGAUUCUAGCGACGACGACUAUAGCGAGGGCGACGGUAGCGAGGGUGACUAUAACGAAGGCGACUACCCAGAUGACGGAAGCACGGAGGGAGAUGGGGACCGGAGGCAAAGGGGUUCAUCCAACGGCUCAGGAUCAAGCAGGCGGAAGAAAGGACGGAGGGGAUCGAGCCGUAAAGGGAAGCACGGAAAGAAGGGGAAGCACGGGAAGAAAAAGGGCGACUCGUCGCCGCCAAUCGCGAGCGAUCCGGCCGCCAACUUACCUCCCGUUACAAUCGUUCCCCCGUUCACGGUCAAAACCCCCCCGGUAAUAUCAUUCCCGCCGAAGAUCACCAAUCCGAAACCGGUUGACCCGUCACCAGCACCCCCAGUGGGCCCCCUCAUACCCGAUAAUGUCAACCCGUUACCAUUCGAUCUCAUCCCCGUUCCGCAACGAACAACCACCGACUCGUUUACGCUAAACCCUUUUAAAGGCAGAGUCGCGAGUUUCCCAUUAGAGCCCAGUCGAAAGGACCCAAAAGCGAGCUUGAUAAAAAAGCCAAAACCGCCAGUGGCAAAGCCGAAAGUGCCGACUCUCCCGCCCAAACCGAAGGUGCCGACGCUGCCGCCCGCACCGACACCGAAGGUGCAGAUUCCGCCAACGACGCCGCCGAAUGCGGGAGCAGUGGACCCGUCCGAUCCGAACAACCCGUUUGCGAGUCCGUUUGACCCGCCGCCCGGCGCGAAUGGCCCGUUGACUCCGACUGACCCGAUUGACCCGCUGAAUCCGCCGUCGCCGUCGCCGCCGGUGGUUGCUCCCAAGCCUUCCCCGCCUCCUGAUGAUGGUGCCGGUGCUGGUAUCCCGAAGACCACCGUCCCACAUAUGCUCCCCGAUUCCUCAUUCAUUCCCCUCGUCUCACCAUUUCCCCCGUGCGCUCGUCUCUUUUUCCCCCUCCCUCUCCCCCCUGCUUUCUUCCUGUUUCCAGCCAUCAUCAAGCCAAAAACCACCACCACCACAACUGCCCCUUCCUCACCCCCCAACAACUCGGGCGUCAACACUCUGAUGGUCGUGCUCAUGGUGACGAUUCCCCACCCCCGUUUCCCCUUACCCCCCUCCCUCGUCGUCUACUUUGCAGGUGCCGGCAUUCCCAACACCACCGUCCCGCAAAUGCUCCCCGAUUCCUACAACGCCUCAGCCAUCAUCAAGCCGAAAACCACCACCACCACAACCGCCCCUCCCUCUCCCCCGAACGACUCGGGAGUCAACACUCUGAUGGUCGUGCUCAUGGUGACGAUUCCCCUGGGAGCAGCAGCGGUGAUUACAAUGGGUAUGCUGGGGUGGAGUCAGUACAAGAAGUGGAGCAUGAACGCCCAAGGCCCUGCCACUGCCGGGGGACCAGGGGGUGGGGGUGGGUCUGCUGGGUUUGGUGGUGGGUACGAGACACUAGGAGGAGGGCCGUUUGGACGGUGA